AUGGGUCAAACGCUUUCUGCACCAAUCGUCGACAAGCACUCGUCCGCGGGUCACGACAAGCGCAUGGAAGAUGCCCAUACCACGCUGCUGAACGUUGAGGACGCAGAGGGAACAGCCUUCUUCGCAGUUUAUGACGGGCACGGAGGUUCCAAUGUCGCCAAGUACAGCGGAGAAGGUCUGCACAAGAGAAUUGUUGCUGACAAGGCGUUUGCCAAGGGCGACUUCAUGGCUGCCAUUAAGAACGGAUUCUUGGAGAUGGACAGGGCUCUUCGCUAUGAUCCCGAAUACGGCGGAGAUUCCUCAGGAUGCACAGCCAUCACUGCAACCAUUACCGAUAAGAACGUCCUCUACGUGGGUAACGCUGGAGACUCUCGUGCAGUCCUUGGAACCGAUGGAACUGCUAUUGCUCUUUCGAACGACCACAAGCCUGUCAACAAAGAGGAGUCAAGAAGAAUCGUCGCCGCCGGAGGAUUUGUCGAGUACGGACGUGUCAACGGAAGCCUUGCUUUGUCGCGCGCCUUGGGUGACUUUGAGUUCAAGAUGAACGCCACUUUGGGACCCGAUGAUCAGAUCGUCACUGCCAACCCUGUAAUUGUCGAGCACAAGUUGACUGAGGAGGACGAAUUCCUUGUUCUUGCCUGCGAUGGUAUUUGGGACUGCAUGACCUCCCAGGAGGUCAUUACCUAUGUCCGCAAGGGAAUUUCAGAGAAGUUACCCUUGGAUCAGUUGUGCGAGAUGACUAUGGACAACUGUUUGGCUUUGGACAGCGGCAUGACAGGAGUCGGAUGUGACAACAUGACGAUGGUGAUUGUUGCUAUCUUGCACGGAAAGACCUUGGAUGAAUGGUAUGAGCACAUUGCUCAGCGCGUUGCCGUUCGUCUUGGACCAGCCGAUUCGAAGGUCCGCCCCAACGGUGAUGAGGACCCCGAGACGUUCGACGAGGAGACUGCGGAGAAGGAGAAGGAGAAGGCUGAGGCGACAGCGACAUCAACAAAGACCGAGGAACCUAAGGAUGUGGAGACGGCAGAUGCUGACAAAAAGGAGGAAAAACCAGAGAGCAGCGUUUAA